AUUUCACUCGAAUCUCGUUGACAGAAUGUACCAGAGUGAGCCCUCAAUACUUUUCCGCUCUCUGUGUCCUGACGUGGCGCCGGGGCGCCGCCAUGUUGUUUUGCUUCGUUGUCAGAGUAGAGAGGCAACAGCAGUAGGAGCAGCGGUGCUUUUUACUAACGGCCCUGCAUUGCCAUGGCAACCUUUGCGGACUACAUCACUCAGAAUGAGGACCGGGACGGUGUGCGUUUCAGCUGGAACGUUUGGCCCUCCAGCCGCCUGGAGGCCACCAGGAUGGUGGUUCCAGUGGCAGCGUUGUUCACACCUCUGAAGGAGAGACCAGACCUACCACCGAUCCAGUAUGAACCAGUUCUUUGUAGCCGGGCCACCUGUCGGGCAGUGCUCAACCCACUCUGUCAGGUGGACUACAGAGCCAAACUGUGGGCAUGUAACUUCUGUUACCAAAGAAAUCAGUUUCCUCCAUCUUAUGCUGGAAUCUCUGAGGUGAAUCAACCUGCUGAGCUGUUGCCACAGUUCUCCACCAUUGAGUAUGUGGUCCAGCGAGGCCCUCAGAUGCCGCUGAUCUUCCUGUAUGUGGUGGAUACAUGUAUGGAGGACGAGGACCUGCAGGCGUUAAAGGAAUCUCUUCAGAUGUCCCUUUCUUUGCUUCCUCCCACGGCCCUUGUGGGUCUCAUUACAUUUGGACGGAUGGUUCAGGUUCACGAACUCGGAUGUGAGGGAAUCUCCAAGAGCUAUGUGUUCAGAGGAACCAAAGACCUUAACGCCAAGCAGCUGCAGGAGAUGCUUGGUCUGGCCAAACCUGCAGCCAAUCAGGCACGAGGACCUCAGACUCCUCAGCAGCCUCUGUCCAAUAGGUUUCUGCAGCCAGUGCAGAAGAUAGACAUGAACCUGACUGACCUGUUGGGGGAGCUGCAGCGUGACCCGUGGCCUGUAACUCAGGGGAAGAGGCCUCUACGCUCCCUGGGCGUGGCUUUAUCCAUUGCUGUUGGCCUUUUGGAGUGCACCUUUCCAAACACCGGUGCUCGCAUCAUGAGUUUCAUUGGGGGUCCAGCCACACAGGGUCCAGGGAUGGUUGUGGGAGAUGAACUGAAGACGCCCAUUCGGUCGUGGCACGACAUCGAGAAGGACAACGCCAAAUUCAUGAAGAAAGCCACCAAGCAUUACGAGGCUCUUGCUAACAGAGCGUCCACUAAUGGUCACAUCAUCGACUUGUACGCUUGUGCACUGGACCAGACGGGUCUGCUGGAGAUGAAGUGCUGCGCCAACUAUACAGGAGGCUACAUGGUGAUGGCUGACUCCUUCAACACAUCACUUUUCAAACAAACCUUCCAGCGUGUUUUCACCAAGGAUGUCCAGGGAUCCUUUAAAAUGGCAUUUGGUGCUACCCUGGAGGUCAAGAUGUCCAGAGAAGUUAAGCUGUCAGGAGCCAUUGGACCGUGUGUUUCUCUCCAUGCUAAGGGAACUUGUGUCUCUGAAAAUGAAAUUGGUACUGGAGGAACAUGUCAAUGGAAGAUCUGUGGUCUGGAUGCAAACACCACACUGGCCCUUUACUUUGAGGUCGUCAACCAGCACAAUGCUCCAAUCCCUCAGGGGGGCCGAGGAGCAAUCCAGUUCGUGACUCAGUACCAGCAUUCAUCAGGACAGAGGCGGAUCAGAGUGACCACUACAGCCAGGAACUGGGCUGACGCUCAGACUCAGAUCCAGAACAUUUCAGCAUCCUUUGACCAGGAGGCGGCAGCCAUCUUGAUGGCAAGACUGGCAGUUUAUCGUGCAGAGACAGAGGAGGGGCCAGACGUCUUAAGGUGGUUGGACCGACAGCUGAUCAGACUGUGUCAGAAGUUUGGAGACUACCACAAAGAUGACCCAAACUCAUUCAGGUUCUCAGAGACCUUCUCCCUCUACCCUCAGUUUAUGUUCCACCUGCGGCGCUCACCUUUCCUGCAGGUGUUCAACAAUAGUCCUGAUGAAAGUUCCUACUACAGACAUCAGUUCAACCGUCAGGACCUGACGCAGGCGCUCAUCAUGGUGCAGCCACUGCUGUACGCCUACUCUUUCAACGGCCCACCAGAGCCUGUGCUGUUGGACAGCAGUAGCAUUCUUCCAGACAGGAUUUUACUGAUGGACACAUUUUUCCAGAUCCUUAUUUACCAUGGAGAGACGGUGUCUCAGUGGAGAAAGGCAGGUUACCAAGACCUGCCUGAGUAUGAAAACUUCAAACAGCUGUUGCAGGCUCCAGUGGACGAUGCUCAGGAGCUGCUCCACACACGCUUCCCCAUGCCCAGAUACAUUGACACCGAACACGGAGGCAGCCAGGCUCGUUUCCUGCUGUCCAAAGUGAACCCAUCUCAAACCCACAACAACAUGUUCUCCUGGGGUCAGGAUUCUGGAGCACCCAUUCUCACUGAUGAUGUGAGUCUGCAAGUGUUCAUGGAUCACCUGAAAAAACUGGCUGUGUCCAGUGCUGCCUAAUAGCAUUCGCAACAGCUGCUGACUUUUGGUGACCUCUGACAUGGCUACUUUCUGUUUACUCUUUGCAUUUGCUGCCUUUGUUAUUGAACAAGCCCCUUCCACCAUUGGCUUUUAGCCAAAAGAGAUGCCGGCUCUUUUGUGGUCUUUGAAAACAUCAAAACUGCCUUCCGGCAUUCACACAUGACGUUAGUGUUCUUAUUAUACGUGACUUUAUUACCAGCAGAUGGCAGCAUUUUCUCUGGUGUGAGUUUAGUUAAAAAAUCUUUUGACCUUGUCUUAACUUGAUUUGUGACUUUGUCCCUACAUGACUUUUGACCUUGUGACUUUACUUUAUAUUUUACUAUGUCGAAACGUGACUUUGCAUGACUGCUGACUUUUGAUUGGUGACUUUUUCAAAACAUGAAGCGUGACUUUGUGUCCUAACUUUAUACGUGACUUUUUCCAAACAAGACUAAUGACUUGGUGUCCUAACUUUAUAUCAAUGAGCAAAGUGCAUAAAUUCCCAUCUAAAUAUAGUACUCUUUGGGAAAACCAGUUUUGCAAAAUUAUGAUUACCCUGAUUUGAGUCAUGUGGUUUUUCUGUUCGAACCAAAAGUGUUUAUCGUACAAACAGACUGAAUCCGAGCUUCAUAUCUGUUUUAUCAUCCAAAAUGGAAUCUGCCAAUCGACUAGAUAAAAUAGAUCUAUAAUAGAUUAGAAGAUUGAGCACUUUAGCCAUCGAUGUGGGACGUGUCUAAAAUGACUCUUGUCUUUUCAUCUAAUCAUGAAUCACUACGUUUGUCUUGAUUGCAUUCUUAUCAUCCAUGACUAUAAACAAUGUAUUUGAUCAAAUCAACAUCAAUGCACACUUAUUUUGUGCUGCUUUCAAACCUAACUCUGGAUUAUGUGUGGAACAAACAUGAUCAUGGCUUUUUGUCUGGAAAGGCACAGGGAUCGGAAUCUUCAGACACUACAGAAGCGAUUGCUGGUGUUUUUAAUAAAAGUUUUAAUAAAAGAAAAAAAAUCCAGUUUUUUUUACAACAUAAACCACAAAAGCUACAAAAACACAAUUAGUUUAAAAAAGAGACUUCUAUAUACACAUUCUGUUAUAAAAUGUUACAAAUUUCUAGGGCUAUAAUCAAAGAAAUUCUUGGUUGACAAAAGCUGUGAAACUUUGACUGUAAAUUGACUAAUCGGCGGGGGGAGAGGGGUUCUGAAUUAUAGAACAGGUAAUUAUGUUUUUAAAAAAUUGGUAUGUUUUUUUCCAGAAUUUGUUCUUUUCUGCAUGUUACUUGUCAAAAUACAGCAUUUUGAAAAAAUAAUCUUAAAAUAAGGUUUUUUGGGAAUAUUUCACCACAACCCUAAUUUUUGAUCACAUAAUUUUUGAAAAUCUUUGAAAAUAAUUUUCUCAAAAUUUCUUCUUUUCUGCUUGUUUCUUAUCAAAAUGUAGCAUUCAAGAAUAAUAUAAAUAUGUUGACAAAAUAUUCAAAAUAAAAAAUUCCCAAUUUUUUCUUCCCCAUUCCCUAAUUUGAUGAGAUGCAGAAAACAUAACAUUUUGAAUUUUUUUUUUCAAAAUAUUUCAUAUAAUGCGAAAUUGGGAUUUUGUCAAACAAUCCCAAAAGAAAAUUACCCCAAAAA